AAAACCAAAAGGUCAACCAUCGGCGGUCGUUGAAGAUGCAACCGAUUCAACAAGAUUUAUCAGGAUCGAGCUCUCAACAGCAUUUUCCGGCGGAUAAAUUAGCUUAUCAUGAAUUUUUCAUGCCACCUCCGCAACAUACAGCAAUGCGUCCCCUGAUGCAUUCGAGAAAACCACUUCCAGGUGAGUCGGAUGAAACCGAUCGCCACCGUGGUGGUGGCGCUAGUCUUUCACAAUUCGUGCACACAAAAAAUUCUGUAUAUCGCGUCAUCGAUCCUUAUGAAGCCGAUGAUGAAUUUGCCAUCCCACCACCACAACAAUCAGCUGUACGACCUCAACCGGAGCAAUCAAGUAAUCCACUACUCAUUGGCACCGGUAAUCAGUGGGAUGAAACCUAUCGCCGCCAUGGUGCUUCUCUUUCACAUUUUGUGCACGCGAACACUUCUGUAUAUUCCGUCGUCAAUCCUUAUGAAGCCUAUGAUGAAUUUGUCAUUCCACCACCACAACAAUCAGCUGUACGACGUCGUCAUCUGGAGCAAUCUAGCAAUCCAUUUGCAAAUACUACCAAACGAACUAAGAACAGGAGCUUAAACGAAGAUCAAACAGUAAAGCAGUACUUACGUCCAUUGGUGACAUUACCCGACACCACAACUAUUUAUGAAGCCCGUUGUCUUAUGGCUGCUAGUGACGUUGAUUUUCUUGUACUCAUCGACUCAAUUGGGUUACUCUGUGGCAUAUUGACACAGGAGGAUAUUGCAACAAGAGUUAUUAAUCAUGGGAUUGAUUUGGUGAACACACCUGUCUCGAAGGUGAUGACACGGAAUCCGAUUUUUGUUUUGUCUGAUACUCUUGAUGUCGAAGCACUACAGAAGAUGGUGCAAGGAGAAGUUACACGAUUGCCUGUUAUAGAGAAGGGUGAGGUUAUUGGUUUAGUUUGCAUUAUGGAUUGUUUACGUGAUGCUGACAAAAUUACGGGAAGGAGAGCCGCUAAGCUUAUGGCAGCGAAUUGGGAUGCCCUUGAGAGGUAUUGUUGAAGGAUUUAAUGAACAAACAAAUAAAAUCACACAUGCAUGCGUAUCUCUUGAUCGGAUUUGUGAGAACAUGAGUAGGUACGUACAUGACUCUCAUCACUAAAUCAC